GUGGUACUCGUGUGGUAGGGGACUAGAUAGAUAGUUACACGACUUCUGCGGCCUCGCAGUCAGUCGGUCGUGGAGACCGGUAAAACAAACCAUAAGAAUCUCCCGUAUUAGAAAACGCUCACUUGAGAACUUCUCGUUUCUCUUCUGUGUACAAUCUGGAGCGCUAUAUAAACGCCGGUAUGGAGAAAGAGGUGCCGCCCCCAGACUCGAUGACCACCGUGCAGAUCAAACCGGAAUACGCGCCGUCGGAAAGUUACGCAGCAUCCGAACCGCCACCAGCUUACCAGCGUCCUAAAGCUGCGUCAGUUCAAGUGGCGAGGAUCAUCGCAGUCACCGUGGUUUUAGUGUCGUUUAUCCUUGGAGGAUGUAUUUUAGCAUCAGCUUACAUCACUGCGAAUGCUUCCUGCAGGCAUUUGGAACAGGAAUUGCAGCUGUUGUCCGAAACUAUGGAUCGCUACCAACCACUACAACCCGAGGCACUGGUUCAGGAGGAACCUCAGCAGCAGGAAACUAAAGAGCAAUUAGAUACGGCCGAAACCAAGGAAGCAACUACCAAGAAUAACGCAGCCAAUUCGCAAACACAGGAAGAAUCAUCAGAUAGCUCCGACAGUAGCGAAAGCAGUGAUAGCAGCGACGAUUCCGAGGAGGACGACAAACCAGUACAAAUUAAGUUACCACUUUCAAUCGACUUCGAUGACCUGGCUGGCGCUAUGAUGAAUAACCAAAGAUCGAAAAUGAAUUGCGUCGUUGAGAAGAAACACGCUGUGGAGGUGGUUGAUCAUCAACCUAAAACAGUCAAUCUGCCGUUCGGAUUGAAUCUGACGACCGAUCCGCAUUACGAAAGAGUCACCGGUGAAAGAAUUGCCAUUUUCUGUGAAAGCGGCAACGUACAGCAACAACAAAGGGCACAACCUGAUAAUCAGGACCAAGAAGAAACAAUCAUGAUCCAACCGGUAAUGAUUCCAAUUCCACCAGCACAGUUCCACACCCACAUGCCAAUGCAAGCCCAGUCUAUGCACCCUAUGGAGUCGAUGCGUCCACCAAUGCCAAAUCCAAUGUUAAUGCCGCAUCACCCACAACAACCUCAGAUGCAACAACAAGCUCAGAGUCAGUUACCACCAAACCAAAUCCUUCACCAAAUUGCCCAGCAAAUUAUUGCUCAAAAGUUGCAACAAGAAGCUCAAGAGGAAAUCCAAAACAACGAGCUCAGAUCAGAACAAGCAACACCAUUGCACCGCAUUGAACUGCAACGCGGUUUAGGCAUGGCCCGCAUCCCGAUUCCAGAAGAAGUACUCACCCAAAUCAAUCGCCUUCCAAAUCGCGAUGUAAUUGUUGCCGUGUCUCAUCAAGACAUGUCUGAAGAGUCUGAAAACCCGGAAGUAAGAGUUGUGCAACAUCAACGUCAAGGUGCACAAGGUAUUACCGGAAGACAAUCAUACGCAAGAGGUUUGCCAGUUGAUAUCCCCGUCCCAAUGAUGCAGCAGGAGGCAGAUGAACAAGAACCACAUGCCCAAGCUACAGAGGAACAACGUCCUCACUUUGUCCAUCCGAGAUCUGUAAGAUCUGUUGAUGCAUUGUUGCCGAAGAGCCAAAAGCGCGUUAAACGUUGCAACUGCGACUGCGCAUGUUAAAUAUUUGGAAAUUUGGGUAAAUUCACAAAUAUUAACAAAUUCACAGCUGUUAAAAGCAAUUUUCUUGAAAAUUAUAUUGACGUUGUAAAUAAAAUACAUAUAUUGUGUUACUGGUUUUAAAAUAUGAGAAAUCAAAUUGAAGCAAUCUUGAUUAUAAUUUAAAGCAAACAAAACGUUAAAUGUGAGUAUACUUAUAAAUUGUCCUUUUUAAAUUUGUGAUAGGCUGGUUUUGUAGAACGUUAUUUUUAUUUUUUAUAAAAGUUUAAUGCUACCAUUUUUACCACAGAAGUAAUAAAAGUAUCAUUCAAUAUGUAUUUGACCGUUGUAAUAAAUUAAUUAUUUUGAACGUUACUAAA